CAUACUCUGCCAUCUCUCCAAGCUGGCCCUAUCCGCUGCACUAUACUUCGUUUCGCAGUUUUAAUAGUUUGAGACUAACCAUUCACUUGCAAAUUUCCAGCGAUGCUCGAACUGUAUCUCCUUACUUUCAACUGCGCCAGGAACUUGGUCGAUCCGAAUACGCUCGCGCCUGUUCUUUUCAAUGCCCUCCCGCCUUCAACAUCCGUGCCCGAUCUUGUCGCAAUCUCGUUGCAGGAAAUCAGUCCCAUCGCAUAUUCAUUCCUAGGAGGCUCGUACUUGAAGCCAUACUUCGACCGGAUACAAACUACAGUACAACUUGCAGCAUCUUUGCGGAGCCAUGAUACGGAACAGCUCGAGCAUGUCGCUUCCAAAAGCUUAGGCAUGACUGCCCUCAUGAUCUUUGCGAAACCGCAUCUCAGAACCAGGAUACAAUGGAUACAACCAGCAGGCGUCGGAGUUGGCCUGUGGAACAUGGGAAACAAAGGAGCUGUGGCCAUGCGCCUGGGCAUCUCCUCUCCAAACUCUGACAGUGUGCUGGUUAUGGCUAUUGUAGCUGCACAUCUGGCUCCGAUGGAGGCAAAUGUUCAAGCACGGAAUAAGGAUUGGGAAUCCAUAGUGCGCAACCUCGUAUUCCUGAACGAUGAUGAUUCGGGCUACAGCUCAUCAGAAGAAGCACCGCUGCUCUCCUCUACCUCAGAGACUCCAGCCAACGGAGAGGGUCUCUUCGCCUCCACCAAUCACUUCAUAUUUCUUGCAGGUGACUUGAACUACAGGACUCGUGAUAAACCGCCAAGCCGUGUGGGCCAUCAGACGUACCCGCGACUCACCCUGACCGAUCCUGAUUUUGAGCAUUUCUCAGACCUUUUUCAAGAGGAUCAACUGAUACGCGAACUGGAGGGUAACCGGACUCUGCACCACCUGCAGGAGCGGCCCGUCCGGUUUCCGCCCACGUACAAGUAUACAAAGCGACAGAAAACAUCCCCCGGAACCGUCUCUUCAGAUGAGGACUGGGAGUGGGCGGCUCACCGUUUCCCGAGCUGGUGUGAUCGCAUAUUAUACCUGCCACCACCGAAUGGCGCCGUCUCAUUCGGAAACUAUACCGCACUGCCUGUGCAGCAUACUUCAGACCACCGACCCGUUGCUUUAUCCCUCAGCAUAGAUGAAGCCUGCUUCGAGCGCGAUAUGCAAAACCAUGUCCCUCCGAGCCCACCCUUUCCUCUUAAUCCUGGUUGGAAAGCGAGGCGGGAUGCGGCGAGACAACUAGAGGUGUUGACUGGUAUCCUUUCAUACCUUGCAUUGACAAAGGAGGGCAAUACUAUUCUCGCCGGUAUCGGUGGUAUUGCUUUAGCGACAUGGUGGCUGUCAACUUGGCUACGAGCUUGAUAAUCUGUACCAAAGACAAAAAUUAGUAGCCGGCCAGCUGCCGGCCAUGCUGUGUAGACUUGGGGGCUGCCCCCUGGCUGAAAGCGACCUCUGGACCAUUCUGCUCAUCAAACAGCUGCUUAGGGGGUGUAGAAUCGCAGCCGGUCCAUAUGGCCGGGUAUCUCUUCGCUGCUGGUACGAUUUAAGAGACAGACCGAUCACAAGCUACUAUACCAGAACUUGAG